AUGCAAUCACCAGUAAAUAACGCACCAACUGGUGCCCAUACCCAUACACCAACAGCAAGCACCGACAUGACUGAUCCCCCCAAAAGCCCCGAACAACAAGAAAUGAGCGUUUUAGCAGCCCAGUAUGAUUCUGAUAAAAAAGGAAUCAUUCAGUCAUGUUUUUCAAAAAAGGACCAAUCCAAUCGAUUGAUUGAAACUUAUAUCACUCAUGUUAGAAUUACUGAAGAUUCCCAGUAUCCAUAUAGUCGCCCACCCCCCAACCAACAAGAAUCUUUCAAGAAGAGCCGUAUUCUCAUCAUUUCAGUUCGCUUAAGUGGCCGUGUCCGUGUUCACAAGGCACGCCAAAACCCGGAUUUAACUUUCCAAAUCGGCAAAACGUGGAACCUCGAAGAACUGACUUCCAUUGAAAAUGAUGCUCUUGUCCCCACUGGAUUUAUCAUGAAUCUCGGCAAACAUUACUAUUGGAAUACCCAUUCUGCCCGUGAAAAGGCCGUUUUUAUAAACAGUAUCAUUCGAAUCUAUACAAAGUAUACAGGAGGAAAAGUCCCUGAGCUAAUUAACUUUGAUAACUUUGGAACACCUCCUGGAAGCCCUCAUUCUUCUCGUUCCGGUGGUCCUCCAACCCCAUCUCACUCUCAUUCAGCUGUAGCUGCUGUGCAAAUCCACCAUUCGCCUACUAUUCCUAUUCAACAGCCACGACCUUCAUCUGAAAGACGCCCUAGCAUUGGUGCUCAAAAUGCUCUAGCAAACCAACGAGAAAGACGGCCUAGUGUCGGAGCUUCACAUGUCCUUUCAGGUACUACUGGCCAAAUACCUUCGAAUCGAAGACCUGGAUCUGCAGGGACUAUUCAACCUUUGAACCGACAGACAGAACGGUCUCCGAGUGUGCCACUUUCAGGGUCUCAACAACCGCCACCCCAGUUUCAAAAGGAAGCGGGCCAUAAUAGUAUGGGAGCCUUUUAUGGGAAUAAUCAGCUUGCCCAAAGUCAAGACAGUGUCACUAUUCCACCCAAGUCUAGCUCGCGGAAUCAGCAAAUUCGUAGGGUGGAGUCUCAGCCUAGAAUGAAGGUUGUUGCUGGCGGUCCUUCACCCAUGAGUAUCCCCAGCUCUCGCAGCCAAAUGAACCUGACCAAUGUUCCUCCGGCAUCUUCUAAAAAGGAUGGAAUCACUGCGGCCUCUGUUGCUGCUUUAGGAGCUGCUGGUGCUACCAGCGCAGCAAUUGCAGCUGCCUCUGCAGCUGCCUCUGCAGCUUCUGCAGCCAAGGUGGUUGGAGCUGGACCUACUCCUACUGUUCCGCCUGUCACCAGAUCCAUGAUUGAUAUCGCAUCUGAGCCUGUACAACAAGCACCACCCAAAUCCAUGGUUAAUAUCAACUCUGGGCCUGUGCACCAGCAGGCACCACCUAAAUCUAUGAUUAAUAUCAACCCUGAACCUGUACAGGUUUCACAACCACAAACUCCCCCUACUAUCAUUGUUCCAGCAAUUACCCUCAAUAGUGACGAAAACCCCAUCCAGUUUCAUUCCCCUGAAUUUGCUAAAGCACCCAGUAAUAUCAACUUUUCAAAUUCUGACGCUCCACGGGUUGUUGAAGAACAGUUUAAUGAACCAAGCGCCAAGUCUGAGGAAGAACCUAUUGAUCCUAAUGAUCCCAAUGGGUUAGCUAGUGGUAUUGUGUUCCAGCCCUUGAAUAGAAGAUCUUCAAUCCAAAGCAUUAAGGUGUUUGCUCGACGCCGUGAAGAAGAAGAACUUGAGCCUGAGCCUGAACCAGAACCAGAACAAGAACCAGAAUCAGAAUCAGAAUCAGAACCAGAACCAGAAGAUGAGCAUGAAGAGGAAGCUUCGGGAGCUGUUCCUGCUGAUGAACAACAAUCUGAAAAGAAAAACCUUGUCAAGUUUAAUGUAGAGACUGAGCACUCUAACAAGUCUCAGGCUUCAGUUGCAAGCGACGCUGAUUCCUUAAACUCGACCGAACAAGCUCGGAAGAAUGAGCUAAUGCGCUCCAGAAUGACCUUCAUUGCGGCAAAUAAUGCAUCCGUGAUUGAAGAGACUCUUGAAGAGCUCAAUUGGACAGGUCGCAACGACGUACAGAUUUUGGAGUACAAGAUUUCAAACGAGAUUGCGUCGUUGGAAACUCAAAAGUUGCGUAAUAUUGUCGACCUUGAUGACCGUCUUGAUAGUCUUGAUGUGAGCUUGGAGCAUGCCAUCAAAGAGUGCGACCGACUGGAAGCCAUGUUUGCAUUUUUUUCUGUCCAGCUUGGCAGUUUUGCAGACCAAAUCUCACAUAUUGAAGGCCAAGGCCAGGGUCUGCAAGUUCAAACCCGCAAUCAAAAGGUUUUGUGGACGGAGCUCAAUGAUAUUAUUCAUACAGUUACGUUAUCCAACAACUCUCUCAAUGGCCUGAACUCGUACAGCCUGCAGUCCAACAGGGACUUGCCAGUUAUUGAAGACGUGUUGAUUGACUUGUAUGGUGCAGUUAAAGCUGUCCGAUCAUCUUCCAAGACUGUUGAUGAGCCAGCAAACUCUCUUGGAAAUAUGAGGGCGCUUAAAGAAAAGAGACAUAUUUACGAGCAAGCGGCAGCCAACUUUAUGCAAAAAGUUAAAACGAGUGUUGACCAGCGGGUUUCAGUGGCGAUUUCAGAAGCUGAGAACCAGAUUGCUCCUAACAAGGGGGCCAAUGCUGAGCCAACUAUCAUUACAAUUGAAGAGGGCAUUUACAAAAGACUUGUUCCGUUAUCUGCAGUCAUUCUUUUUGUUAAGGAUAUCGAUGAACUCAAUUAUUUCAACAUUUUGAGAAGCUAUGAGAACCUUGUCAAGGGAUACUACGAAGAAACAUUGAAGGCAUACUUUGCCAAGUGGACGCGCUUGAUUGGCAAGAUUAAUACAUUUGCUGAAAACUUGUUCUUGUCCAAGGAUGGGUUUGAGUCACAUUCUAUGGGGGGCUCUAUUACUAGCACUAUGAUUUCUAAUAGUGCAAGCACCACCAAGCUUAUUCGAUCGCAAACAUUGGCCAAGAUCAAGACGCAUAACGACAAGGGCAUUGACCGCAACAAUACUAUUGCGUCAUCUUCUUCUUCGCAUAUUAAUGGUGAUUCGAGUAACUUAUCGCUACUGAUGAAGCCAGGAACUGUAAAGAACAGCAUAGUUAAGGCGAUUCGUAACGUUAAAUCGCUUGUGAUUAAGCAGCAGGUGAUUUUGAUUGAGGUUUACCAUUUGUCGUCGUUUUCUGGGCUACGAUUCCCUGAGUUUAUCAAGGCGGCUCCGUUGGCAAAACGCCAAAUUGAAGCCAAUCAUUUAGAAGAGAAAAUUUACGGGAUUGAUUCUGACCGGACCAAGGCGCAAGAUUUGCUCAACUUGAUGUCUGGAAUAUUUAGUCCUUUGCAUGAGCAAAUGGUGCGGUUUGCUUCAGAUAUAUUAGAGAAGAGUGUGAUGGAUUGUCCUGCGGUUGUUACAGCAUUGGACAUUGUUUUGAGGGACUUGCAAACAACAAAUUUGGACUUUUUAAAUCUCUUGUACCAGCGCCUUCGUGACCGCGUUGUUGGGAUUUGGAACGCAUAUAUUAAUGACCAAGUGGCCAAGAUUGGGCAGACCCACAUUAGCAGUAAGAAACGGUCUGGUCCGAUUUCUGCUGUGCGAGUGUUUUCCGUGUUUUGCCAGCGUGUUGAGUAUGAUCUUGCACAUGAAGUUGCUGGGACCAAGGUAAUAAGUGCGAAUGAGCUUGGAGUGAGAAGUCUUGUGAAUAACGGAUAUGAUAAGUUGGGUAAGGCGAUUAUUAAUACUUUGCAAAAGGCCAAGGCUUCAAUGUCGCAGGGAGAUAUUUCAGGAGUUGGUUUGGAAGGCAAGUCUGGAGGUGGAGAUAUUGACUACGAAGAUAAACAAAAGAUGAACUACCACAUUCUGAUGAUUGAGAAUAUGAAUGUGUUUUUGGAUGGGUUGCUGACGUUUGAUAGAAGCAACACAGCAAUUCACAGUCUGCGGGAUGCGGCGAGUACCAUUUACUAUAAAGAGAUGCAGAUGUAUGUUGAGUUUGUGCUGCAUCGGCCGUUUGGCAAGUUUAUGGAUUUUCUGGAUAAUGUUGAGCAAGCUCUGCGCAAGAACCCAGACGAUAGUCCUGCCCGUAAGCCUGGGCUAAAUCGGAGCGCGUUAAAGAAGAUAUUAAUCAACUUUGAUGCUAAGGAAUUGCGCAAAUCGUUGGAGGUACUGCACAAGCGGGUAGAAAAGCACUUUAUGGAGGAGACUGGAGGUGCAUCGACACCUAGUGGUGGUGGAGUAGCAGGAACAGGAGGAUCAACAGUUGGAUCUACAAGUGCGGCCGCAAUGAGUACUAGUAGAAAGCUUGUGGGCAAGGUUUGGGCUGAAACAGAGCGUGAGUUUACAGGGAUUGUGCGACGGUUCCGGCCGUACAUUGAGCGGUAUUAUAGCAUGGCUGGAGAUUCUGGGUACGUGUGUAAGAUUGAUUUUACAGACACGGACAUUAGUGAGGCAUUCCGGAAUGCAAUGUAG